GUUAACUGUAAAGUACUGCCGGUUGGAGAAAAUAUCGCAUCAGAAUUCAGGCCACAGGCUUUUGAGGAAGGUGUGAGAUUAAUCUACUUGAAUCUAAAGAUCGGUAACAACAGCUACAAUCCGCUUGAGUUGCAAGACGUGUUUCAACCCGACAGAUGGGUGUGGGCUCGGUCAAAUAAAGAACCCAUGCUUUCUUUGCCGUACGACUACGACAUUUUAUCACUAGGCCUGCUCAAUUACCAAGUGCGAAGCAUGACAGCGCCUCUGAGAGAUGAACCGAGUGGAUGCCUUGCGGGUUUAAACUCAACAUGUCAGAACAUGGCCGUCGGAAGAGCACUGAUGGACAAUGUAACAAGUGAAGGCGGCAACACUGGGGUGGUCUGUGUUGCAAUGAUAGGCGAAAUGUAUGUGAGUAUUAUGACAACUGGUCUAUAAAGUAUCAUUGUUGCAGGCUCAAUGCGUCAAGCAUUAACUGUGAUCUUCCUGUCGAGGGUAGCAACUGGUACCAAGCGAUAGGAAACUUUUUGCUUUGCUUAGCAGUGGUCCUAACGUUAUAUUUCCCUGCACUUCCUCUGCUUUUGCCAGACUAUAUUUUCAAUCUUCAGUAUGAAUGUGUCAAGGAAGGUAACACUGAUGAGCUAACUAUUCAUGCAAGAAGAAAUGAAUACGAGGAAAUUCUUGAUAUUGAUGAUGUGAAAGAAGACAGACUGAAGUCAUCUCAGGUCUUAGAUGAAAUUCCUGUAGAUGACGCCAGUCCGGUAACCUGUUCAAUGGCUUUCCUGGGAUGUGUUCAGGGGCUGCCCGAUGUAAAGAUGUCGUUUAACCUUAAGUUAGCGGUUUUGCUGUUUUGUAUUUUUCCAUUUGGCCUCUAUGUAAAUGUCGGUUUAUUCUUUGUCCUCAAGGAGAAAUACUUCGAUGAACUCUUAAGGAAGGCUCCACCGGGAACUGCAUUUGAACCUGAGGGUUUUUUCACUAUCUUCAUAUUGCCUCCUAAUGGAGGAAGGCUGGAGGAAGAUCAAACUGGAAAAGAAAAUUGAGGCGGUAGUGACAGAGUACGUUCAAGAAACUAGCUCUGGUUGUGUAAAAAGAGAAAGCGAAGAGGGAAGUUCGCUUCAAUAAUGUAGUUUCAUAAAAUCACAGGCAGCUAAAUGUGACAGUUAUGAAAAAAGAAAGCCAUUCAGUUGCGCAAGUCGGAUAAAGCAAUUCCUCAUGAUAAAAUUACUUUGGGGUUACAUUUAUAGUUUCUUUAAAGCUGAGAUUCUUGUUAAAGAAUUAUAAUGAAGGGAUGCGUAUUAAUGAAAGUAAGCUUGGUUUAAAAACUGAACAUCAAAACCGUGAGUAGAAAACAAAGAAUUCAGUGGCCGGAUCUCUAAAACAGAUCUGGAUCAAUAAAAAUUAGGAAGUGGCGGUGAAAAUGAUGAUACAGUUAUAUAGGAUAUAGAUAUUUUGAUGUUUGGUCUCACUUUGUUUUGAUCUUUAAAUCUUGGCCUUGGAUUAGUUUCCAACGAAAGCUUGGUCUACCUGCGAUUUUCAUAAAAUUCCUGUUGCGAUAUGCUAUCGGUAGAAGCCCUUAUCGGUAAAGAAGAAAGUAACUGAUCAUAUAAUAUCAAAACUGGCUAGCCAAGCACCAAGGUGCUAGAGAUGCAUAAGAGAGUAUUUAAAAAGUCUCGUCUCAAUAUCAGUGCUGUAAUUUUUAAUUUUUGUUACGUAAUUUUCUGUAAUUGUUUUUUAAACGUUUAGGAAUUAUGCCUAUUAACAGUGUUAGCUGUUUUAGCUAAAAGAAGAUAUAAUAACUUCCUUAACUCAGUUUUGUUUUAAAAUUUUCAGAUUGAUUGUUUAAUUAAAUAUCAAUAGUUAUUAAGUCAGCUUUGUUACGUGUAUAAAAUACUAUUCAGUUCUAAACUGAUCUGUAAUGAGAGGACAUAAAAAUUGUUGUUGGAGUAGCUAAAAGACAUUAACUGUGAAGACGUGCGUCCAAUAGAGAAGAAUAGAAGGCAGAUUUCCCCAAAUAAACUCACUUUGGAAAAAAGCGAUAGGCUACUAGUAUGACCAAGUAUGGGAGGACCCUCGAUGUAUUACUAUUUACAAGCCUUAGAGAAAUCGAAAAGGAUUUACGUCCCCUGGAUUUAAGAUUCUACAACCCCAGGACGUAGGGAUUUUUUUUUUUUGCUUUUCUUCCGUCGAGCGUGUCUGACACUCCUCGCCAGUUCGCACCCACCUUGCACUUGCCCUCGCCCGCCUGAAAAACACCUAGAAUUACACCUGUUCUGCAGGCUAUGCACUGUAGCUUUUAUUGUCUACAAUUUAAAAGUUUAUUCACGAUUUUUCUUGAACUUGUUUGAACAGUUAUUUGUUUGUUUCUUUAUUUAGUUUCUGGGUUUUUCUUUUGUUUUCAAAUUGUCACCGUUCAAAACGUCUAGUCGUUAGUACUAGCAUGAAAAUUGUAUCCAACAACAGACGAGUAAGCAAUAGUAUAAGCUGCAUGUUGUAUAUAUGCGUUAUUGAAAAAAAGGCUAAGAGAACCGGGGGAUUCGAAAGGGCCGCGAGGCUAGGUGGUCUAAGCAUAAGCAUCCAGGGCUUGUUGAACAAUACUUCAACGGCGUAAAUCCUAAGGUUACACAGUCCAAGGUGUUGAAUACAGUGUCGAGAAUUGAUUCCAUGAAAUCUGUUAAAUCCAGGAGAUGUAGUUACAUUACUAAUUGGUCGGCCGUAAAACACGCAGCUUUUAGAAUUCUAACUUGCGGGGUUAAUUCCAGUGGAACUAAAACCAGGGGUUGUAAAAUUCUUAUAUCCUGGGGUCUUACAUCCAGGGUAAAAAAUAGUCUUACAACCAGGGAUCUUAGGUCCAGGGGCUGUAAAAUUCUUAUAUCCUGGGGUCCUAGAUCCAGGGGUACAAAAUAGUCUUACAACCAGGGGUCUUAGAUCCAGGAGCUGUAAAAUUCUUAUAUCCUGGGGUCUUGCAUCCAGGGUUUGAAACACCCAGGGGUUGUAAAGUCUUACAUCCAGGCCGGGUUGUAUUCCUUACAUGAACGGUUGUUACAUCCAGAGGUUGUAAAUCCUUGCAUCUAGUGGUUGUAAAAUCCUUACACCAGGGGUGUUAAAAGUGGCUAUUUAAGAGAGGUGAUUUAUAUAAGGGGGUUAUUCUUAUAUCCUAGGCUCAUUUUUAUGUACGGGGGUUUGUCCAGCUGUCUGUUGAUAAUGAUCCAAAGCUCUCACAGCAAGAGGUCUUCCGAUCAGGAGUCUUACAUCCAGGGGUGUUACGACCAGGAGUCUUACACCCAGGACGUAGAUCCAGGGAUCUUACGUCCAGGGGCCUGAGGACCAGGGGUCUUACAUCCAGGGGUCUUUCGACUAAGGGUCUUACGUCCAGGGGUCCUAAGACCAGGGUUCGCACAUCAAGGAGUCGUACGACCAGGGGUUUUACAUCCAAGGGUCGUACGACCACAGGUGUUACGUACAGGGGACUUACGACCUGGGGUCUUGCAGGGGUGUUAUGACCAGAGGCCUUAACUCUAAGAGUCUACCGACCAGGGGUCUUACGACCAGGGGAGUAACGACCAGGGAUCUUACAUCAAGGGGUCAUACUACCGGGGUCUUACAUCCACAAUCUUACGACCAGGGGGCUUACAUCCAUGGUUCCUGCGAACAGGGGUCUUACAUCCAGGGGAGUAACGACCAGGAGUCUUACAUCCAGGGCACUUACGUCCACGGAUCUUAGGACCAGGGGUCUUACAUCCAUGGUUCCUGCGAACAAGGGCCUUACGACCGGUUAUCUUACAUACAGGGGUCUUACGACCAGGGUCCUUCAUCCAAGGGUCCUAAAUCCAGGGGUCCUACGUCCAAGUGUCGUACGACCAGGGGUCUUACAUACAGGAGGUUUACAGUUGGUGGAAUAUCAUCCUCUAGGUUAGAUUUUCUCAGAUCCCCUCUCUUCUCAUUUCCGGUUACAGUAGUAGGCCCCAGCGUGAGCGAAGGUCGAUCGAGCUUCCGCUUUCUCGUUCGUUUCUUGCCGCAGCAAACAUGGAAAAUCAUCCCAUUCGCGCCCGAGAAGAAUUUUGAGCUUGACUCGUGGGAAAAUCUACCUCUGGGUGAGUGUAGUACUGAAUAGGACGUUCGUUGACAGUGACUGACAUUUCGUCAAUCUUUGCGGUAGUUACCAAAGUGAGUUGUAUCACGUCAGGUGAUCAUGAUAUUAAACUCUGGCAGGAGCAUUUGAUGGGUUCCUGACUGGUUAAUGACCUGAUUGGUCAAAAAAACUAUUUUGCCUAUAUUGCCUCAGAUACGUCUAACUCUUUUUAUUUGUAUAGAAAGAAAUUACUCAGGUCAUUUUAUUUUUCACAAAUUUUUCGUAAUGGUUAAUCAACAACCAAGUCAGGUAAACAUUCACGUGUGUCAGGAAUCAAUCACCACGAAGCGUUCGUCUGACUGCUAUAUUUCUGGGUUACAGUGUAUUAGACAUUUAGGCUAUUUAUAGAUUCAUCUUUUCACGUCGGAAAGCUCUUAGCCAAUCAGAACAGAGCAGGACUCAAGAAGGUGCAUGAACAACAAUGGCUGAUGACAAUGCAAGGUCUCAUGCAGAGUUAGUUUAACCCAUUCGUCGGAUAAACGGUUAACAUCCUCCUUGUGAUAUAAAGUUGAACCUCCAGUAAGCGACUACACGCGAAAUGCGAAGAUCAGUGGUCACUUGAGGUGGUAGCUCACGAGAAUUGAAAUACAGGGGAUUCUCUUUCGAGAGGGGUGCUAAAGUCGAUGAUAUUGACGAUGUUGAUAAAAUGAUAGUUGUCGAGGUACCCUUGACGGGUUUCAAGCUACUAUUUAGUGAUGUAAACCCCUCGAUAGCACCACUUAGGGGUGGAAAUCAAUUUAAGAAAAGAUUUGCAUAACAAACAUUUACCUUUGCUUUGCUUAUUUGCACAGAGGUUACCAACAAGUCAAAAGACUAAUGUAAUUUUACCAGCAACAAAAAAGAGAUAUGCCUCCAGACAUCAACGUGUGGCAGUGAACGGAGACCAGUUGUUUAAAAACAAGAUAACGUUAUCCACCGAAUAAAUCUCUACCAGCUGCUAACACAGACGUAUUUCGUAGAGGCGCAACAACCGGAAAUGUGUCUGCGUUCAGACAACCUUUAGCAGUGAACGGAGACUAGUUGAUCAAAAGGUAGGUAACUUUAUCCGCCGGAUAAAUCUCUAUCCACUGCUAACACAGACGUCAGAUUUCAUAAAGACGCAACAACCGGAAAUACAACUGUGAUCGUUGGCUAGCUCACCCGCCCUUCCUAUCUACUCUGUCUUCCCUUACAACGUAAUCAUAUUGAACUAAUGGCGGGGUCUCCGGUGGGAAUAAGUUACAAUCCUUCUUUAAGAAAACCUAAUUUCUUGGAGUUUUGCUUUAGCUGAGAAGAGAUCAAUGUCCAAAGUACUAAUUCGCUGUGACCGUGCGAAUACACAUGGAAUACAGCCAAACCAGCUGCAGGGGAGUGGUGUCAGGCAGCUGUAUUCGCAGGCUUACUUAGCCAGAGACAUCACAAUUGUCCACAAAACCCUUUUACUGAGUUUCUUCAAACCGCCCUAUUGCGUAAAAAGAGUUCCCCACAGAUAAACAAUGUAGGCCACAAGCCAUACUGAUAGGAAAGUAAACCAAAGCAACGCAUGUUGACCUCUGGUGUGCCCCACUUAAAGAUAUCAAAUUCUUAAAAUAUCAGUCUUGGCGGGAGCAGAAAUUUGAAGAGACCUCACGAUCAAGCAAAUAUGUCCGCUUGCAACAGUUGCAAGCCACUGGUUCUUCUACUGAGUGUCGCAUGUGUGUGCUAUUUGGCAUCUCCUGCUGCCUCUGAACAGAACUGCAGCGUAGCAAACUGUGAAGUACUGACAGUUGGAGAGAAUCUUGAAUCGGAAUUUAGGCUGAAGGCCUACGAGAAGGGUGUGAGAAUAAUCUACUUAAAUCUGAAAAUCGGCAACAGCAGCUACAAUCCGCUGGACUUACCAGACGAGAUUCUUCCCGACAGAUGGGUGUGGGCUCUGUCAAAUAAUGAGCCUAUGCUGUCUUUGCCGUUCGAUUUCGAUAUUUUAUCCCUAGGACUUUUGAAUUACCAAGUGCGAAGCAUGACAGUGCCACUGAGAGAUGAACCGAGUGGAUGCCUUGCAAGGUUAAACUCAACAUGUCAGAACAUGGCCGUCGGAAGGGCACUACUGAACAAUGUAACGAGGGACAAUUCGAUUGAAUUAUCGAGUAAGACUGGGGUGGUCUGUGUUUUAAUGAUGAUGAAGAACCUGAAUGAACUCUGGUCUAUAAGCUAUCAUUGUUGCAGUUCUGAUGACUCAAGUAUUAAUUGUGACCUUCCUGUUGCAGGCAGUAACUGGUUCAAUACGAUAUCUUCCCUUCUACAUGUUUUAUCCGUCAUUGCACUGUUAUUUUCCCCAGGCUGUCUUCUGCUGUUGCCAGACGUUAUUUUUAAUCUUCAGUAUGAACGCGACAUGGAAGACAUGCACAGUAACACUGUUAAUGAUGUUAAUGAGCUAGCUGCAGUUAACAGUGAACAAGCCGAAUCAAUUGCUGUUCAAAUAAGAAAUGGAUAUGAGCAAAUUCCUGAAACUGCUGAAAUCCAUACGUGGGAUCGGGACAGGGCAGACCAUGGCGCGGAUAUUACUGUAAACACGAGCCUGGUUACCUGCUCAACAGUUUCGCAGCAGUUGCAAGAUAACACUGAAAAUGAGCUAGAUACAGACGACAAUGAACAAUCCGAAUCCGUUAAUAUUGAAGACAGAAUUCCCGUGGAUGACGCGAGUCCGGUCACCUUUUCAAAAGUUCUGCUUGGCUAUUUUCAGCAGCUGCCCAAUUUACAAAUGCCAUUCAACGUCAAGUUAGGUUUUUUGCUGUUUUGGUUUCCAUUUGCCUCUUAUAUUCAUCUUGGACUAUACCUUGUUCUAAGGAAGAAAUAUACCCACGAACGCGUGUUAAAGCAGGCGCCGGGAACUUUGAGUCCAGCACCAGAGUUUGUCGAAAUCAAACCAGAAAUUUUUUCGCUCUCUUCAAUCUUAGUGUCAGCUUCAUUUAUGCUACCGUUUUUUGCGAUGGUUUUGUUUUUAAAACCGAGGGAUUUUUUUGUAAAGCAGGAAAUGAAAUGUUUCUUGUGUGACUUUUGUCGGACCCCCUUACGAAAAAGAACCAAAAAUAUUUUAGUAAAAAUACCUUUUUGUACACAAAGUUUAAAUUCUGUUAGUUUGGGGGAUAAAAUGCUUCGUCAUAUGAAAUGCUUCCCGAGGAUAGCAUACGCGUUGAUAUUGAAUUUUCUUCGAUUACAUAACUGCGGGCUAAAAGGAUUCGUAAGUCUUUCUACGUGCUUUUUAAAGAUAAAUAUUAGAACAAAAAAAAGACGCCCGCUUUUGGUCCUCUGGCUUUUAUUUUCUAGCUUAUUCACGCUUUUUCUUGGCAUUGUAUGGGUAGCACUCUGUUUUACUUUGAGUUUAGUUUUUAUUACUUUGUUUUUUUUGUCUUUGUCACCUGUUAUGACUCUCUCUUAUGGCAUCGCGUUGAAAAUUUGGACACUGAUCGGACCACGUAUUACGAACCUCGCUUUGCGUAAAUUCUUAACGACAGGCGUCGUUUUUUUGUUUGAUUUAAUGUUAGGACUUAAUUUAUUUGUUGGUGUAUCAUUAUUAUGCACUCUUAUUCUUGGAAUAUUUGGAUUUACACUAAUGGGAUUAGUUUUAAACGUUGACAUUGUAACUCCCUAUGUAUCCUUUUUCUUGGCUUUCGUAACAAACGUCUAUUUUUGCUACGCUAAUUUUCAGAGGAGCUACAUAGAACUUAAAGGAUUGAUUUUUAAAUCUUGGCAGCAAGAAACAAUGUCAACCAAAGGCAGCGAUCAAAGCACAAUUCCAACAAUGCUGUUUUGGUAUGUAAGUGAUAGAGUGCUUCCGGCUGGAACUGAAAUCUGCCUGAUGUUUCGCAAUAUGGCUUUUAUUGUGACCUUUCUAUUUUUGACCAUAUCUUCGAUAGUUUUCUUCAGAAAUGCGUAUGACAUCUCGACGCUAGUGUCGACCAUUGCCGUGUUUAUAAGUGGGGCAAUUCCCAGCUUGUUUUUUAAGGGGUUCACUAGAGGUAGGAAUUUU